AUGGCAGAAAGAAUACUACAAGAUAUAGCUGAAGAAAAAAGGCGUCUUACAUCAGCGCAAAUCAAUAAAAACGCGAAAGAGAAAGCUAAAGCCUACCACAAUCUAGGCAGAGCUUAUGACUUCCUGGAGGACUUCCAUCAAGCAAUAGAGUACUACAAGCAAUACCUCAGCAUUGCUGAGGAAGUCGGUGAUAGAGUAAAUGCAGGAUGGGCCUAUGGCCAUCUCGGCCGUGAUUACGAUUCCCUCGGUGACUCCCAAAGAGCAAUAGAGUGCCAUAAUCAAAACCUCAGGAUUGCAAAGGAAGUUGGUAACAGGGCAGACGAAGGAUGUGCCUAUGGCCGUCUCGGCCGUAUUUAUCACUCCCUCAACAAAUUCCAACAAGCAAUAGAGUGCCACAAUAAACACCUCAGCAUUGCCAAGGAAGUUGGUAACAGGGCAUGUGAAGGUAAUGCCUAUUCCGAACUCGGCCUUACCUAUAUGCUUCUCAACCAAUACCAACGAGCACUAGAGUACACCAAUAAAGGCCUCAUCAUUGCCAAGGAAGUUGGUGACAGGGCAGGGCAAAGUGUAGACUAUGGCAAUCUCGGCACUAUUUAUCUCUGUCUCGAAGAUUACCAACAAGCAACAGAGUGCACCAAUAAAAGCUGCGUCAUUGCCAAGGAAGUCGGUGACAGAAAAGAAAAACGAAGUCGCUAUUUAAACAUCGGCGAUGUUCGUUACUGCCUCGGCGACGUGCCAGGAGCAAUGGGGUACUACAAGCUAAUCCUAAGCGAUGCCGAGGAAAUCGUUGACAGGGAAUCACAAGGAAUAGCCUAUUGCAGCCUCGGAAAUUGUUAUAGAAAUCUCCACGACUGGAAGGAAGCAAUAGAGUGUUACAAGCAACACCUGAGCAUUUCCGAGGAAAUCGGUGACAGGAUGGGAGAAGCAUGUGCACAUAAAGGUCUGGGUCACUCUUUUUUGGAAUCACAUUCUUUGAAUGAGGCUUUAGAACAUUUUAGAUGCAGUGUUAAAAUCUAUGACACUCUUAGAGCCAGUUCUAUCUCGGAAGAUCAAUUGAAAAUAGGUUUCUGUAGGCAUUAUCAAUGUGCCUAUGCUCAUUUAUGGCAGGUUUUAGUAAUGCUUCAAAGGAAUGAUGAGGCUUUAUACGCUGCUGAGAGGGGACGGGCACAGGCUUUGCUCGAUGCCUUAAAAGUAACUUAUGACCUUACAUCACUUUCUCCGAGGUCAAUUGAAUCUGAAGAAGACGUCAAAUAUCUUUCAAUGAACACAACUGUUUUAACAGUUUUUCUUGCACUUCAUUUGAACACAGUCAAUAUUUGGGUGUUGGGAAAAGAUGGCAACCCCAUUUUUAGGCAAGCGGAGAUAGAAAUUGGACGUGAACACGAAGAUUCCUUUACUCUCCUUUUAGACACUGUUUUGAAAAACAUUAGGGCUGGUGUCGGUAUUAGGUGCGAAAAUCGGUCAAUGGAUAAGCUGCGUGAUGACUCAACUCCCUCAAGUACUCAAGACGACAAUCAAACAGCGGAUCCAUCACAGGGGGGUAUCGACUCUUUGCAGCCAUUAUAUGAUGCAGUUAUUGGUCCCAUUAAAGAUUUGCUUGAUGGUGAUGAACUAAUUGUAGUUCCUGACGGCGCUUUGUCUAAAGCUCCUUGGGCAGCCCUGAGUGAAUCUUUAAGGAUCCGCACUGUUCCCUCACUGACAAGUUUGAAAGUCAUCACAGAUUCUCCAUGUGAAUACCACAGUAAAAGUGGAGCCCUGCUUGUUGGAGAGCCAUGCUUGAAGAAAAUUACAGAUAAACGGGGGAACCCCAUUUAUGAUCCUCUGAAGUACGCAAGAAUGGAAGUGGAGAUGAUUGGAGAAAUUCUAAAGAGUCAAACUUUAACAGGUGAAGAUGCAACCAAAGAAGCGGUACUUCAGAGAAUCGCGUCAGUUGCUUUGGUUCACAUCGCAGCCCACGGAAGGAAGGAAACUGGAGAAAUUAUUUUGGCUCCAGACCCCCGAUGGGGAUCCAAGACUCCUACGGAGGAGGACUAUAUUUUAAAAAUGUCUGAUAUACAAGCUGUGAAGCUGACAGCAAGGCUAGUUGUGUUAAGUUGCUGCCAUAGUGGUCAAGGACCGGUCUCGUCUGAGGGUGUGGUCGGUAUGGCACGUGCUUUCUUGUUUGCUGGUGCUCGUUCCGUGCUGUCGACACUCUGGGCAAUUGAUGACGAAGCCACAAUGAUGUUUAUGAAAUCUUUCUAUCAACAACUUGCAAGCGGAGAACGUGCAAGUGUUGCUCUUCAGAGGGCCAUGAAAUGUCUUCGAGACUCCCACGAUUUUUCUGCCCCGAAGUACUGGGCUCCUUUUGUUCUGAUGGGCGAUGACGUUAAGAUUGAAUUGGAAAAAGAGUCAUUCAGCAAGUCGUAA